CUUAUAUUUAAAUAGAGCAAGCUUAAGUGGCGUCUCUUUCUGGUUUCAAAUUUCGAAUUGGUAAGGAAAAAAGCAAUGGCAUCGCACUACUUCCUUAGCUGCUUUAUCAGCAGCGUCGCCGUUCUAUCCAUCAUAUUGAUUCAAACGACGCCGUUUUCUGCGGCCCAGUCAGCAUCCUGUAACGGCAUACUCGUCUCCUACGCCUACACCGGCGGGACGCGCCUCCCGCCCAAUGUCUCCGAUGCGGCCAAGCAACCGUACCGGUUCGAGUCCACGCUCACUGUUCUCAACAACGGCCUCGACGACCUCAAGUCAUGGAAGGUCUUCGUCAAGUUCCAGCACAAUGAGUUCCUCGUCUCUGCCUCCGGCGCCGUCCUCGCCGACGGCACCACUCUCCCCGCCGCUGUCGGUAACGGCACCAUCUUCGCUGGAUAUCCUAUGACUGACCUCAAGACUGCGGUGGAAACCGCCGGCGACUUGACGCAGAUGCAGGUCCAGAUCGAUCUCGUUGGCACUGUUUUUGGAGUGGCGCCGCCCACUGUUCCUCUUCCUUCCUCCAUCAAUCUCGCCAACGACGGAUUCAUCUGUAAGAAGCCAACUGGUCAAGGGAAGAAUGUGAGUAAUGUGUGUUGCACAAAGGAUCCGAAGUUCAAAACGAACAUAACCAUAGAUGAUGAGUUCCUUCCCCGUCAAGAUGGUGAUCUAUCAAUCAUGUAUGAUGUGAUUAGAACUUAUGAUUCCAAUUACUGGGCUGAGGUUACCAUUGCAAACCAUAACCCUCUCGGUCGUCUUGACAAUUGGAAAUUGAGCUGGGAUUGGAUGAAUGAUGAGUUCAUAUACUCAAUGAAAGGCGCUUAUCCUUAUGUUGUGGAUGCUUCUGAUUGUGUCUUUGGUAAGCAAGGGACAUUCUACAAGGAACUUGACUUUGCCAAUGUCUUGAAUUGUGAGAGAAGGCCAACCAUCAUUGAUCUUCCUCCCACCAAGUUCAACGAUACGGAUCUUGGUAAGAUCCCUUUUUGCUGCAGGAAUGGUACUAUAUUGCCGCCCUCGAUGGACCCCAGCAAAUCCGUUUCGAAAUUUCAGAUGCAGGUUUUCAAGAUGCCGCCCGCUCUCAAUCGCUCUCAGCUUUCCCCACCACAGAACUGGAAGAUAAAUGGCACCCUCAACCCAACUUACAAGUGUGGCCCUCCCGUGAGAGUGAGUCCUAGUGAAAAUCCGGAUCCAUCUGGCUUGCCGUCGAACAAGACAGUGAUGGCAAGUUGGCAGGUUGUGUGCAACAUAACGAAGCCCAAGGGAGCAACCAGCAAAUGCUGUGUCUCAUUUUCAGCAUAUUACAAUGAUUCGGUUAUACCUUGCAAAACAUGUGCCUGUGGAUGCCCCAGUAACACUGCAAGAACAUGUAGUACUACUGCACAGGCUAUGUUCCUUCCACCAGAGGCACUUCUUGUUCCUUUUGAUAACCGAACUGCGAAAGCUGUUGCUUGGGCUGAUCUGAAGCAUCUACCGGUUCCGAAACCAAUGCCAUGUAGUGACAACUGUGGUGUAAGCAUCAACUGGCAUGUAUACACAGACUACACUAAAGGGUGGAGUGCAAGAGUCACUCUUUUUAACUGGGGUGACACUAAUUUCGCAGAUUGGUUUGCUGCAGUGCAAAUGGAUAAAGCAGCUGCAGGUUUUGAGAAAAUGUAUUCAUUCAAUGCAACCACCCUAGACGGUGUAAACAAUAAUACCAUAUUGAUGCAAGGUUUGCCAGGACUGAACUACCUUGUCGCGGAAGCAGAUGGUGCCAACCCUCUUAACGAUCCUAGGGUGCCUGGUAAACAACAAUCAGUAAUCUCAUUCACCAAGAAAACUACACCGGGAAUUGAUGUUGCUCAUAGAGAUGGGUUUCCCACUAAAGUGUUCUUCAAUGGCGAGGAAUGUUCACUUCCUUCGGUGUAUCCAACGAGUAGUGGAUUCAGGGAGGUCUUGUCCUGGAAAAGUUCUAUCGUUCUGUCUCUGUUGCUGGUUAUCUUGAUGCGGUAACAGUGGUCAUGUUUUGAUUGUGAAAUCUUGCUUGCGUCGGUUUCUGAGGCAGUUUUACAUUCAUAUGUUGAUAUCAUCACAGAGAUUCAGUGAGAGACGUUAGUUCUGUUGUAACAUUCAAGCUGUAUGACUGAUUUGGAUGCUGUGCUUUGCCAAUCCUUGUUCAAUUGGUAUGAUUCUUUAGAGAAUGUUAUGGUAUAGAAAAUGUAGAUUUAUUGUAUUAGAUGACAGAAAUAUAUUUCUUUUGUUUUUUUUUUU